AUGCGCGUCGCCCAUUCCGCAUCAGGCAAGGCGGUUCGCCCGGGCCCUGGCUGGAAACGGACAAGCGGCCCCGGCCGUCAGGCCUGGCAGUUCUCGCUCGCUCUCCUGCUUGUCACCGCCCGCGCCUUUUCCCUUCCCUCGCUCUUCGUCCAGCUCGCUGUCUCUGGUCUCGCUGCAGCCCAGAAAAAGAGAAGAGCCCGCGCCUUUCCUCUUUCUCCUGCGCGACGCUUGAAUGGCCCGUCCGUUCCUCUAGCCUUCUCGCUCGUCUUCCUCUUCCUCUUCUCUCUCACCCUCCCACACAACCCCCCGCCCCUUCCUCGCAUCUUCAUCCUCCUCUUUUCUCUUCUUUCUCCAUCUCGCUGUCGUCCUGUGCAUCCUGCUGGUCCGUCUCGCGUUGUGCGUCUCGACCUCGUCAGUGCGCUGAAUGUCGUCGCUGGCCUAAAGGUAGCGGUCUCUCUCGAUUCCUCGACGCUCUCGCCUCCUUGCUACAGCGUCGCACGCGUGGAGGCCCUCGACGAUCCACGACUUUCACGAUACCGUUCCUGCGACUGCCUCCCAUACGAUCCAGCUGGUCAUCCUAUUGAUGCUUACGACGGUUACGAACGCUACACACACGCGGCUCCUCUCCUUCCCGCUCCUCCCGGUCUGCGUACGUCGACAGGUCUUGCCGUCCACAGUCCGACGAUAGGGUAUCCCCGUUGCGCUUGGAGAUCGCACGACCGUCGACACCCUGUAGGCAGAGCAUUCUGGACGGUCGCGCCGCCACAGGGUCAUCGGUCGAACGAGGAUCUGAAGGCUGAAAGGGCUGUUUUGGCGGUUGAGGACACGUCUCACUAG